GAUUCGAACGCGACGAUCUUCGACCAGUCAACCGAAAAUACGCGUGCGUGUUCCGUGCGUGCGUGCGUGCGUGCGUGUGUUGCGGCCUGUACCAGACGACCCCCCGACCCUCUACUUCCUUAGAGGUCAUCAAUUGAACAAGCGAUCGAGCAAAAUAUAGCCAAGGUACAGGCGUAGGAUCUAGAUUGUAAAGAAGGAUUUGGACUGGAUUCCAACACCUGUUCUGGUGCGCGAUGAGACGGCACGAUAGCCGGAAGGUGGUCACGCUAGCCGGACUGCUGGUGGUGGUAGUCCUCGCAGUGCUAACCGGACCAGUCGGGAGUCACACGCCGUUCAAGAACCGUCAGCAUGGUUCGUUCACUCGUACAGCGACCGGAGGCGGCGCUGGUGGCGGUGUCGUUGGUGCACUACGCGAACGCGAACGGGAACGGGAACGCGAGCAGGAACGUCUAGCGACGCCGUACAUCGCACCACUAUCCGGAUUGGAGGUGAACGCUAAGCGUACGGCCAACGAGUUCCUCGAGGACGUCGGCAAGAACACGUUCGAUACCGUGUACCACUGGAAGGUGAUUGACUUCGCAUACCCGAACCAGCAACUGCGCAACAAUGCUAUUCGUACACGGGAGUUCAUUCCGGAGAACAACCUACCGCUCGGUGUGGACCGCUACCGUGAUCGGCUGUUCGUGACGACACCCCGGUGGAAUCCGGGUGUACCGGCGACCCUGUCCUAUCUGCCACUGCCCGCUACCGAUCGUAGCCUCCCGUUAAAACCGUACCCGGACUGGAGCUACCACAGCUCGACCCGCAAUCCGGACUGCUCGAAGAUGAUGUCCGUCUAUCGGAUCCAGGUGGACGAGUGCGACCGGCUGUGGGUGCUGGAUGCGGGUGUCAUCGAGACGCUGACCAACUUGCAGCAGAUUUGUCCACCCAAGAUCAUGGCAUUCGAUCUGCAGAGUGAUGAGCUGCUGUUCACGUACGUGCUGCCGGAGGAGCAGGUGAAGGAGGAUUCACUCCAUACGAAUCUCGUGGUGGACGUCCGUGAGGGCCAGUGUGAGGAUGCGUUCGCUUACGUUGCCGACGUCUGGCGUAACGGUAUCACCGUGUUCGAUAUGCGCAAGUUCAAGAGCUGGCGUACGACGAACUAUCUGUACAAUCCGAACCCACUGGCCAGCGAUUACAACUACCAGGAGUUGAACUUCCAGUGGUCGGACGGUGUGUUUGGGAUGUCACUUGCACCGGUCCAUCGCUCCGGUGACCGCAUGCUGCUGUUCCACCCGAUGUCCAGCUUCAUGGAGUUCCAGGUGCCGACCUCGGUGCUGCAGAAUGAAACCAUCUGGGAGGGUUUCGGAUUCGCCAAAGCGUUCCAGCCCGUCGGUACGCGUGGCCGGCUAGGACAAUCGUCGACGUCGGGUGUGGCCAAGAAUAAUGUGCAGUUCUUUACGCUGGUGCAGCAAUCGGGCGUCGGUUGCUGGGAUCUGGGCAAACCGUACAAUCGCAACAACCUGGGCGUGGUGGAGAAGAACCUCCAGAAGCUGACCUUCCCGAACGAUCUGAAGCUCGACCGGGAACCGCAGCAAUCGCUGUGGGUGAUGAGCAACAAGCUGCCGGUCUUCCUGUACGAUAAGCUCGACUACACCCAGACGAACUUCCGUGUGCUGAUGGCGGACGUGCGCAAGGCCAUCGAGGGUACGGUCUGUGAUCCCCGGGUAGCGCCCAGUUUGGCCUUUGACGCCGAUCAGCUCGAGUGCGAACUGGAAUUGUAACAGUCUGCCGGCCCGAGCAGAUCCGUCCGUGUCAGUUGCAGUUCGGUCCGUCCGUUUCUUUCCUAAGACCUGAUUCCGGGCCCCGGGACAAUUCCCACGCCGGGGUUUACCAGAGUUCCAACUUCUUCUUCUUCCUCUUCUACUCCUUGCCAAACUACUUUAAUGGUUCUUCUCUUAUGGCUGCAGUCUGGAUUUUUUCGCUGCCAUUUUAUGUACCAAGCGCUGAGCGAGAGUGCAUUAAAUACGGAGUACGCGCGUAGUUGACUACAAAAUACAACCGCCACACAACAGUGCACUCGAUUGGCGAUUGACUAAUAAAUUCUCGUUCGUAAGGAUUACUCGA